UUAACACACGCCACAAAACGGAAAAACCGGGGAAAGUCCUUUAUCACGAAACGUGGCACAUGAGUGAAGUGCAACUUUUUAAAGUGUUUUAUUUUUAACCGGGAAAGUUUCUAUAUCACAUCGGUCAGUUUGAGACAGGCAGGCUAUCAACUAUAUUAAACAUUUUCAUUUCCGGCGAAGCGCAAAUUAAAUCAAACUGAAAUGCAGAACUCAACUUUCAACGUUGGAUAACAAAGCCUUUCUACAGUGAAUAAGUGAUUUCAGCAAAGAGAAAUAAUUGUGGUGUGUGUGGAAAGUAAUCCGCAAAAAUGCAGAUGGAUAUUCCAGAAACGGGUGCCGUGUUUACACUGGGGAAAUCAUAUUUAGCCAGUAAUGUCGGCACGGUUCGGCGUCAUAGACUGGAGCCGAUAUCGGGGGACCAGGAUGAACCACUACAACCGAAGCGGCAGAGCAGUUCAUCAACUUCUUCGUCCGGUGCCCUCAUGAUAACUGCCACGGACGACGUGCCCCAGCAGCAGCAGCAGCAGCAGCACAACAAUACUACACUGACGGGACUCAGCCCACCGAGGCCAGCUUCGGUGCGGCAGCAGAGCUACUUUUUCAUUAGAAAUGAUCCGGUGGUUAAAAUUGUGUGCGGAAGCAAGCAGAGCGGAGUUGUUUGCGAAUCCGGUCGCCUGUUUGUUUGGGGCCGUAACCAUUACGGCCAGCUGGGGUUGGGCUCUACGGAGGACUUUCACAAACCGUCCUGUGUUCGCACGAUGAAGAAACUCCGGCAGCGUGUUCGAGAUGCACGAUUUGGAGGAAAUGGGUUCAGUUUGAUUCUGACGGAGGAAGGCAAAAUUUUCUACAGUGGAAAAAGCAUUUUCCCAUUCAACGCAAAAGUCGAAUCUCUCCUGGAAGCUGAUUCACUGAGUAAGUGCAGCGUAGAUAACAGCGAGUACACCAACAUUCCGGUGGAGUUGAAAGAAUUCGUCGAAUGUAUGGAAAAGGAAGACGAACUGGUCGUCGCGAUUGCCGCCGGAUUUUGUCACUUUAUAGCCCGAACCAGUGCCGGUAAUUGUUUCGGUUGGGGUUACAACAGUCACCAGCAGCUGGGUGGAGUUGACUCCUUGAAAAUCCUCACCAAACCAGACCGCCUCGGAGUAGAAGAACGCAUCGAACUUGUCGAAUGCGGCAACUAUUGCACCCUAAUGGUAUCCCGAACGGACCGACUCUACUUAACAGGAAAGUUCCAGAAGAUAUGCAUUCCAGUUAUCAAAGAACUUUCCAACAUUCGACUACCGGCAAAGGUUGUUGCUGUUCAAAUCACUAAAAAAGACGUAAUUUACCUCCUGUUAGAGGAUAACCAAAUAUAUAAAAGCAAUCGCAUUCAGAAGAUCGAAGAUCUACAGUUUCUUCGCCUGGAAAUACUCGAUCAGUUACUGCGACAGGACGAAUACCCCACGCAAAUAUCCCCGGCAAACAAUUUUACCUCAUUCGUAACAAAUCAAGGUCGCUUACUGACCACCUACGACGACGAUAGUCCGUUCACGCCAUCAGACCAUUUUCGAGAACUCGUAAAAUUCAAAGAUUUCACCGUAGCCAACGCAGCUAGCGGUUUAGAGCAUUCGCUGAUUCAAGCGUUCCCUAAAAAGAUCUGUUCACCAGCGAUUGAAGUCGGUUUUUGUGAAGCUAUCGAAACCAUCGAAGCUGCCAUCAAAAAUGAAGAGGAAAGACUUCGCAACGGCACACCGAUGCCAAAUUUGACAAAGAUACCAAUCGAUCUGAACGAUGAGUUUAUUCGGCAGGAGAAACGGCGGCUACGACAGGAACAAAUCGCCAAGGAACUUUCCAAGGACGAGUGCAUUCAGAUCGAAACGGAUGCCGACGACGUUCGGUUUAUCGACAAUGGAGUGGAUAUGACGCGACUGAUAGUUAUCUCCGAUGGUGACAACAACGAAAAUAGAGAAAAUCUUGGUGAACAGAUAAGGAACGAAAAGAAUCAACUACUUGAUUCCAAAUUACUCUUAAAUGGUGAAACCCUGCAAGAUAAAUGCAUGAUUGCUAAAACGUCGUCGCCGAACAUCAGCCAGCUAAUAGACUACAGUGAUAAUGGAAGCAUAUCGUCGCAAUCGACCUUCGAUGAUGAGGAUGAGUACGACGCUACUGAACCAACAAGAGAAAGUUAUAAAAUUAAAGCCUCGAAUGAUUCAAAUAAUAAUCACGCGGAAGAUCGUAAAUUAAGUCUUCAAAGUAAACUGGAAGGUAGUCAGGGUAGCGGGAAAUCAAAGGAGAAAAUGAGAAAGUUUCUAAAGGAAUUGAAAGCUAAGAGCAUGGACGUUAGUUGUCGUAAUGCUGGAACCGUUUUAAAUGACGAUUCCAAGUAUGCAAAAAAUGAUCUUGAGCCUCAAGGAGGGAAGCGACCAUUAAAAGUAUGCAGUUUAAUGUAAAAAAACAAAUUCAAAUUUCACGAAAUUCUGUAAUAAAAACGUUCUUGAAUCAAAAA